AGCUUCUCGGCUUCAUCAAACCAAAGAAGCACCCAAAGAAACACCUAGCUAGCAAAGUACAUGUAUGUAAGAUGGUGACUGUAUCCAAGAAGGAGCAUCAUGAUCAGCAACUGUUGCCGAAUCGUCAGGCAGUAAUUGGGUUCUAUGUGAUACUUUUCGUGUUGCUGGGGGUCCUUGUGAAUUCCCGUUGGUUGUUUGGCUCGGACAACAACACCAGUAGUAGUAGUGGCAGUAAUACACAUCCAUCCCAAGCAUCCGGUUUCCAACGGCAAGCCAACACAAUAUUGCAACACACAGUGGAUCAGGGUCUUUUGACGACAGAACUUUCCCAACGGGAAUUUGUGUUGGCCAAUGGGUUUCCAUCACAAUGGCAAUGGCCGCCCUGUCUAUUGGACGGAAUCCUACAGGCAAAGAAGACCACAACAUCCGAGUUGAAUGUGGCCAUUUUGGGAGGCUCCACGAGCGCCCGGGCGGCGUACAAUUGUGACAAGUACAAUGUGGGAAAUCCUGUGGAAGGACGAUAUAGCAACAUCCUCCAGCAGCUAGUGAGAGCCCAAGAAAACAAACUCCAACAAGAAGAGUCAGCCUUUCGAAUCAAUUUCCAAAACUUGGCACAAGGAUCUACCAACUCUCUGUACAGUGCCAUGCAUAUGGAUACUCUGCUGCUACCAAACGAAACAGAUGUAGUCAUUUGGGAUCAUGGACCAGAUGAUGAUCAAAUCCUAACCAAACACAAUUUUGGAGGCGAGGCGGAAGAACUUCGAAGACUCGAAUUCUGGUUCACAAGGCUCAAGGCGCUCUAUGGUCAAGCCGGAAAACCUCCUCCGCCCAUUAUUGUGCUGCGUUGGUGGCGUCGCACGUGGUGGUCACGCAAAACACACGGGCCCACUUUGGAUUCCAAUCAAAUGGACUACUUGGGUCCCCUAUUCAGUCACCUCCAAGGAUUGGGGUUUGACAUUGCCGUGGUCAAUGUCGGUGCCGCCAUUCCCUGGACUUCUCGAUUUCGCAGCAAGGAAAGUCAUCGAUUGGUAUCCGAUGAUGGACUUCAUCCGUCCUGUUCCGGGGCUACCUUUGCCGCACAAAUGCUAGAACAUUUAUUGUAUUCCAAUUGGGGUAAUGGUACAGAAUCUUGUGGUGGUGCACUUCCCUCGCGAACUAUCGUGAAACAACCCAUGAAACACAACAACAACAAUGUCUCGUGGAGUCCACAGGACCAGCUACUAUGGGAGGAUCUCUUUCGGGAAGAUGCCAAAUUGGGAAGUAUCAAUUCCUGGGAACCCAAGUUGUUGAUGUGA